CGGGAUGCGGAUGCGGAUGCUUUUCACGGUUUUCCAACGGUCGCCCGCACGUUCGUUCGUUCGCUGUUCAUUCGUAGCCGGCUAGGAUCGAACUGUUUUGUGUAACGUUAAUCGCGCGUGUGUCUGUGUGUGUGGGCGGGCGCAGAGGAUAUCCAGUUGGCAAAGUUAGAGUUACGCUGGUUCAGUGAAAGCAGCAAACCAAGCAGAGUCACCCUCGAAACACAUGCUCCGUGCGGAUCACAUUCAAUCACAGACGAACAGCUAGAAAAACCGCCAGCCACACGGUCCCGGUGGCGCACGAUCAACGAUGGCUUCCUCCCAGUCGCCACAGUCGACGAAUGGGCGCAUGGCGAAGGGUGACGAUCAGCAGCUGCUGCAGGAGCACUUCCAGAAAAUCGACCUAGCCCAGAAGGGCGGAGGUGAAGAUGCGCUGCUGGCAUCGUUACCGGCACCGUCACCGUCGUCGUCACUGGCCGACCGUUUCGGGCGCUUCUGUGCUCGGUGGCACGUCAAGAAGGUCCUGUCGCAUCUCGGUUUGCUCGUUUCGCUCGCCGUCUACUGUGGCACCGGUGGCUACGUGUUCCAGAAGCUGGAGCGGCCGGCCGAGCUGGCCAGGACGAGUGGACUCCGAGAGUCGCUGGUCGAGCAUCGGCAGCAGUUCAUCUACUCCAUCGUCAACAACACCGACGUCCGGAACCUGGAGCGGCUGUUUGAGCUCGAGCUGGAGAAGUACGAGCAGGUGGUACAGGAUGCGGCCCAGGGUGGCAUCCUGAUCGAUGCCGAACAUCACUUUCCACUGGCCGUGGAAAAGUGGAGCCUGCUGCAGGCCGUCUUCUUUGCCUCGACCGUCAUCACGACCAUCGGUUAUGGCAACAUUGUUCCGGUGACGGAAGGGGGUCGCAUGUUCUGCAUGCUGUUCGCACUGAUCGGCAUCCCCUUCACGCUGACGGUUAUCGCCGAUUGGGGCCGCCUGUUCGCUGGCAUCGUCUCGACGCUGGCCAAAAACAUACCCGCGCUCCGGCUGGCUAGAUUCUGUCCCGACACUGGCAUCAAGGUAAAGACGGACAAGAAGUGGCUUUACGCGGUUGGGGCGGUGGGCUUUCUCCUCAUCUACCUGGCCGCCGGUACCGGGCUACUGUUGCUGUGGGAGGAGGACUGGAGCUUCUUCGAUGGUUACUACUUCUGCUUCAUUACGAUGACGACGAUCGGCUUCGGGGAUCUGGUGCCGAGCAAACCGAACUACAUGCUGUUGUGUACGCUGUACAUCCUCGUUGGGUUGGCAUUGACCAGCACCAUCAUCGAACUGGUCCGCCGGCAGUACGCGCAGAGCUGGCAGAAGCUCCAGGCACUGUCCGGACCGCUGGCGGACACGUUGCGGCGGCUGGGUGAAUCGGCCGGUACCGGCAUCGACGUGGCGGCCCUGCACAACGAUCUGCGCCGCGUCCUCACCGUCGUGUCGAUGCCGCGGCGCCACGGCAACAAGAAGGCGGCGGCCAAGGAGAUGGCCGCCCUAGAGGCCAUCACCAAUGCGAUCCUGCAGGACAUCAAGGAGAAGCAGGACAGCCAGGAGCCGGGCGGUCCACCCAAGGUGCUACAGAUCGUCAUCUACGAGUCGUCCGUCUAGCGAGCCAGUUCGGAGCCAGCUCUCGAGCAACUCGAGCUCGACAUCGACACUGGUCGAGUUCACUUUGCGUUUGCCCUUCCCUAUCGCGAUGUCCGCUUUCAUCUUUACUCGAUGUACCUAUACAUUAAGUUCAUUUUUGCAACAAGCCUUGCGAGUGAACAAGCGUAAUAGUAAGACGAAAUUAAAUGAAACGAUACAUACAGA